UUUCUUUCACUCCAUCUCCAUCAUGAAUCUUUCUGCUUCUUCUUCUUAUAUAAAUAUAUAUAUUUUUUUUUGUUUGUUAAAAAAGUAAUAAUAAUAAUAAUAAAAGAGGUGGGUGCAGAUCUCGAAUGGGUUCCCUUUGAAAAUCCUAAAAGAUUUUCUGUUUUGUUGGGUUGAGGAGGAAUAUGGGUAUGCCAUGGGGAAUGACUCUUUGGAUGGCGAAAAUGGUUUGGAUAGCUCUUAGUGGGUGGGUUUCUUCCUGCCUCAUCGUAGCUGAUGAGAUCGCUACCUCUUUUCGAACUGGUGAUAUUGGUCCUUUUCAUGUUGGCUGAAGAUUAUAUAAUACUAAUAUUCCAAUAUUCACCUACCCCAAACUCUCUGAAGCCAUAAGUUCCUGAAACCUGUUCAAUGACUAACCCCAACAAGAAGACUCCCGAUGAAGAUAAGAAACCUUCUACCGUGGAUGAAAUGCCUCCAGCUGUUGUGCAUGCUAUAGAAUAGCAGCUACAUCCGUUAGAGCAUUAAACUUCUUAUGGUUACUAUUCGAAAAGAAGUUGAGUGAUGCGAACCUUUAUGGUCUUUUCAAUCAGUGACUGAUAAAAAAUUUGUGAGCUGAAAUCAAUUUGCUUGUAAAUGAUUCAUUAUCAGAUUCCUAUGGGAGCUUGUCAAAACAUGAGAGGAGUCACAAAAUAUCUUGUGUCCGACCAAGGCCUUAACUAUAUUGAAUGCUGACAUAUUAGUGCUCUUUGAAGUUGUCUUGGGAAAUUUUAUUCACAUAAUUUUCUGAUUUACAGUUCAAGACAUGAUUUUUCACCACCGAUAUUCUCUUUGAUGUUUUGCUUUGUCUAGUCAUUAAUUUCUCAAUUAGGUAUGUUAUAUUCUUUCUGCAUACCAUAUUACUAAUCUCUAUAGUAGGAGUUAAUUUUUUAAGAAAAUUCUGCGUUGUGGCUCUACUGCAAGAGGGUAUUUUUUAGCAUUUGCAUUCAAACCAAUGCUGGGGAUCCCUGAGCUGCAAAGCUCAAAAGUUCCAGUUAAAAGGAGGACACCAUUAGCGUGACAACUCAAAUUAUUAGUUUCAAUAAUCUGCCACUCUGAUUCUUCUUUCCAUUGACAUUAUUCUUAACGAGUAGUUUCUGUUUUUUUUUUGAGAUCACAGUAGGUACUUGCUGAGUCUUGUAACU